GAAUUUCCUGGGGACAAAUGGAAACCAAUAACAGGAAACAGGAAGACCAGCCAGUCAGGGAGGGAAAUGGCUCAUUCCAAGGCUAGCUUUUCAUGGGCAACCGCAUUCCAUCCUUGCCUUGAGAACCCAGCACUGGACUUGUCAAACUACCGAGCAGUCUCUUCUCUUGACCUCCUUGGAGACUUUGAGCACUCCUCCAAAAAAGCAGAGGAAACCUCCGUUCAUGAGGGGGAGAGCUCCCUCGCCUCCAUGCCUCGCCCGCUGCGCAGCCGUGCCUUCUCGGAAAGCCACAUCACCCUGGAUCCUCAGAGCUCCCCGGCCUGGGAGCAGCACAGGAAGGAGCUCUUCAACAAAGUUGAUGAGACCCAGCCAGACGCUCUGGGGGCCAGGAAGAAGGCCUUUCCUCCUCCUCGCCCUCCUCCUCCCAACUGGGAGAAAUACAGGCUCUUCCGUGCAGCCCAGCAACAGCAACAGCAGCAAAAGCAGCAGCAAGAGGAGGAAGAAGAGGAGGAGGAGGAAGAGGAAGAAGAAGAGGAGGAAGGGGUAGAGGAGGAGGAGGAAGAAGAGGAGGAAGCGGGGGAGGAGGAGGAGCUGCCACCCCAGUAUUUCAGUUCAGAAACCACUGGUUCUGGUGCCCUCCAUCCUGAGGAGGUUCUGGAGCAGCCCCAGCUUCCAGCCUUUGGCCACCUGGAGGCCCCGAGGCAGGGCUCACAAAGCCUCCCAGCAGAGCCAGAAUCCUUUGCUCUGCGAUCCAGUGAUUUCCUGCCUCCAGUAAGGGGCCACUUGGGAUCUCAAGCUGAAAAGGCUCAACCCCCUUGUUACUACGGCAUUGGUGGGCUUUGGAGGACAUCAGAGCAGGAGACCACUGAUUCCAAACCAGAAGCUUUGAUGGCGGAAGAAUCCAAACCCAAACCAGCAUGGAGCCAGAGCUACUUCUUUCCUGAGGAGCAGUUCUCUUUCCUGGGCUGGGGCUCGGAUAAGCAACACCUCAACACUGCAGGCUUCAGUGAACGCAAGACAACAGGACAAGAUUUUCAGCACUUCUCACCUCCUCAGGGGCCCCCAGGGAUCCCUACCUCUUACUCAGCUUAUUACAAUAUUUCUGUGGCCAAAGCAGAGCUGUUGAACAAGUUGAAAGACCAGCCUGAGAUGUUAGAGAUUGGCCUAGGAGAGGAGGAAAUUGACCACGAACUGGCUCAAAAAAAGGUACAGCUUAUUGAAAGCAUUGGCAGAAAACUUUCUGUCCUGCGGGAGGCCCAGCGAGGACUGCUGGAAGACAUCGCUGCCAAUUCUGCCCUUGGGGAGGAGGUGGAGGCCAACCUAAAAGCCCUCUGCAAAUCCAAUGAGUUUGAAAAAUACCGUUUAUUUAUCGGGGACCUGGACAAAGUAGUCAACCUGUUGCUGUCGCUCUCUGGUCGGCUGGCACGGGUGGAGAAUGCUCUCAACAGCAUUGAUUCAGAAGCCAACCAGGAGAAGUUGGUGCUGAUAGAGAAGAAGCAGCAGCUGACAGGGCAGUUGGCAGACGCCAAGGAGCUGAAGGAGCAUGUGGACCGCCGGGAGAAGUUGGUGUUUGGCAUGGUCUCCCGCUACCUGCCUCAGGACCAGCUCCAAGAUUACCAGCACUUUGUGAAGAUGAAAUCUGCUCUCAUCAUUGAACAGCGAGAGCUGGAAGAGAAGAUCAAGCUCGGGGAAGAACAGCUCAAAUGUCUCAGGGAGAGCCUGCUCCUGGGGCCCAGUAAUUUCUAAUUUCUACCAGCAGACUGCCUACACCAUCCCUGCCCCACCACAGUGGGAAGUGCUUUCAGUCCUUGUUAGCAGUUUAUUAGCAAAGUAGAUAGCAGUUAGUUAGCAGUUUGUUCCAUAUUCUCUCACUGCCCCUUAACCUAGUGGUGUUCCUAACCAGCUAAGAAGGCCUGGGGAGGCCCCAAGCUUCUACCUGAGAGAGAGCAGAAGCAAGAAGUAGGAGCUGAAGCAAAGUGUGAUCAUACAACCACACUCUUCUUCUCAGGUUGCACUGCCAAAUACUCACCCCACAACAGAACCAACAAAGUGCCUUCAUUCUUCUUUGUACUAGGAUACCAGGAGCAUCCUGCACUCACCACCCACCCAGACUUUGAAGGCUCAGAGAGCAGUUGCCCAUGCAGCUCCACUCUGUCCCAAGGCUUGUGGCCCAGACAUUUCCCAGGGAGAUCUGAUUGUCUUGAGGACUUUGUCUACUACCAGCUUUAGGGUUUCACUGCAGCUUUGCAGUAGGAAGCACAGACGUAUAGAUGACAUUUAACAGAACGUGAGCAAUAGUUGAGAAUCCCCAGGUACCCUGCCAGAAGGACUAUGCUUAAACAAGCUGGCUCCACUCCCACCUUCCGCAGCAUCUAACUGAGGGGUAGGAGGCCUAUUUUUAGCCCUGGCUAGUGUGGCCCUCCCCUUGUACUAAGGCUUUGACUUACCACUUCAGGUUUCAUGUUGCCUUUUCAUUACUGGAGGUUCCAAGUGCCUAUCCUAAAGGCUUCACACUAUGGGGAAUAGCUCUACUAAAGCUAUCUUCUCGAUACACGUUUUAUUAUUGGGGGAGAAAGGAUUGUUAUAUUUUAAAUGGCCUUUCAAUUUUAUUUAUUUUUAUGUCUUUAUUAUUUUUUUUCUUUUUUAAACUAACAAGGUAAGAGGGGAGUUGGAGAGGGGGAAGUUAGCUGAGAAAGAAAGUAUCUUCUGCAGAUCAGCCUGAAUCCACCAUCACUAGGUAAGUGGGCACCAAGGCCUUGAAUUCUUCCCACCAUAGCUGACAAGAGUCUGAGGGAGGAGUUCUCACUUCCAACUCAGAGCUGUGGCCUGGCCCUAUAUUUCCCUUGAAGUCUGGAUGACCAUGAGCUUAGAGUUCCCCAAUAGGCUUCAAUUUUUUUCUUGCUUACUUUUUCUCGAAACCAAAGAAAGGGACAAAGUUUCACUCAUUUCUCUGCCAUUUCCAAGCUGAGGAAGGCGUAGAGGUGAACUCAGGAAGAGCUCCUCUAUCUAUUGUUUUCUUAGCCUGUGGCCUGGCUCAAGGAAGAAGUUCGUUGAUAGCUGGAAGCUCCAGCCAGGGCCAAACCCUCAGAACACGUUAUAAUCAAGGAUCUUAGGCACAAAAAUAAUGAAUGCUGCUCCUAUGGUGAAGGUCCUAUCACCAGUAGCCAGUUUCUGUCCUAGAAAUGCCCCCAGGUGAGUGAUGGCAGGAAAGGAAUUGUGGCCAAACUCUGCCCUGUUAUCCAGCCCAGUUACCUGUUCCUCGUUAACUGGGGCCCAUGCUUGAUACUGUACAAUGCUGCUCAGACAGCCCAGGUGUCGCUUCUAGUUACUGCUGAGUUCCUCCGGGUCCUUGGAGGUUAACUGUAGCAGCAGAGGUGCCUCAUUCAACCAAAGAAUUUGCCAAGGAACUCUGCUGCUGCUACAAAUACUGGUUGCUAGCUUCUGUUUCCUCUUCAUUGUAUUUGGAAACAAUGGAAGAAUCCUUGCCAGCAAGGUGUCCUGGGGGAGGGGGGGACCUGAAGUACACUGUUGCUGUCAGAACCACUGUUAAAAUAUCAACCUGCCAUUCUCCCAUCAAGUGGAGGAUUAUACGUUAUUCAGGAUGGCUGAUGGCUUAUGAAAAGGCUAGGUUUAUCUAAGCCAAGGUUGAGGAAUAUGGGGGAGUACUUCAAGUAGAGGCUGUGAUUGCCAUCUUUGUUCUUUUUAACAGGCUCUUAGACAAAGAGUGAGCAGGCUGAGAUGUCCUACAACUAGGGCAAUGAAGCCAAUGUAGCCCAUUAUUCUAAGAUUUUUUUUUUUUUUAGCCAGAACAACUUUUUGGGAAUAGAGCCCAGGGAAAAGAGUGGCCACUAACAUGGACACCAUGACGAUGGUCUGGGCUUUCAUAGUCAGCUUUAGAAUGCUGUGUGCUGUGCCUAGUUGUGUCUGACUCUUUGCGACCCCAUGGACUGUAGCCCACCAGCCUCCUCUGUCCCUGGGAUUUCCCAGGCAAGAAUACUGGAGUAGGUUGCCAUUUCCUUCUCCACAGCAUUAGAAUGAUUGUACCUUAAAUGUACCUUAAGUAUAUCAGACUAAAGUGGUGUUGGAGAAGACUCUUGAGAGUCCCUUGGACUUUAAGGAGAUCCAACCAGUCCAUCCUAAAGGAAAUCAGUCCUG